GAUGAGAUCGGACAGAAGGAAGACGGAGAGGUGUUCAGGGCAUGCCAAGUUUGUGCAUUCCCUGUAUGCCAGCCCUGCUAUGAAUAUGAGAGGAGUGAAGGGAACCAGUGCUGCCCUCAAUGCAACACUCGCUAUAAGCGCCAAAAAGGUUGUCCUAGAGUUAUUGGAGAUGAGGAGGAGAAUUUUAAUGCAGAGGAUUUUGAUGAUGAGUUUCAGAUUAAGAACCAUUCUGAUGAUGCUGAUGCAAAACUUGCUUCUAAUCAUGGAGUAAGACAACAUCAUCAUCAUUCAUCACUGACAAAUUGGCUUAUAAUUUGAAAUUUUAUUUAUUUAUUGUUCCCAUAAAUUAGUUUCUGAAUUUUGGUUUUUGAUUAGUUGGUUUUUCAAAUUGAUGAGUUUUUUAAGUCCAAACCGAUGACUCAACUUGAACCAAACCGAACCAAUCCAAUAUUUGAUCAAAUUAGUUUGGUUUAGAUUUGUUGAGAAAAGAUUUGUUUACUAUGAUACUAUCAAAACUAACCUGAUUACACCCCUAUGAUUUAUUGA